AUGGCGAUCACAGGAAAAGGCACAUUCCAGCCUGAUUCAGAUGUUCACAUUUCUUACGAAGAUCAACAGAAAAUUAAUAAAUUUGCUAAGCUUAACGCUAAACUUGACGAAUACAAAGAAGAGCUUAAGGUUUCACAAAACGAUAUGAAGAAUUUGGAAGAAGCAAUGGAUGAACUAAGUCUUGCUGAUGAUUCUAGCAAGAUCCCAUAUCUGAUUGGUGAAGUCUUUAUUUGUCAAGACUUGGAAAAAACAUUGAAAGCAUUAGAUAUUGCUAAAUCCAAGAAGGAGUGUGAAAUCGAAGAUAUUAAAGCCAUAUGUGGGGAACUCAAAUUUCAAAUGGGUGAACUAAAAGCACACUUGUAUGGCAAAUUUGGCAGUCACAUUAAUUUGGAAAAUGAAGAGGACUAA